AUGUAUCAAUGUGAUGAGGUCAUGACUGUACUGAAACAGCUUAGCGGCCUGCCACACCGGCGGUUGGGCGUUGCGGAUCAGCGUCUCCGCUGCGAUGAGGCUCAGCCCCCAACGUGCGUUGUCUGCGGCGCUCUCGCCAGCGAACGCCGCACGGUAAUUACAGUGUAA